AUAAUAUUAUCACGAGAUAGCAUAAGGCAUAAGAUAUGUUUGUCCGAAAAUUCUCUGUUCUUCCACGUUUUUAUUAUCCCGUAAUAUUUAGUCCCGUUGACGUCAUGGUCGUCAUGUUCUAUUCCAACAUCCAUUCGGACUAUUAUCGGUUCGUCUUGUAGCUCGGAGUUAGAAUCACACAUACGGAGCACGUACGACCGCCGAUUUUAACGCGAUAUUCGUGAUGGAUCACAUAUUAUAUGUUGUCUCGGCGGUACACUUGCUACUCUGCCCGUUUACUAAAGUCGAAGAGAGUUUCAACAUACAAGCAAUGCACGACAUUUUGUACCAUAAGAGUAAUUUAUCACAGUAUGAUCAUUUAGAAUUUCCAGGCGUUGUACCGAGGACAUUUUUGGGUCCCCUACUUAUAUCAGCAUUAUCAUAUCCGUUCUUUUUUGCUCAAAAUUAUUUUCAAUUAUUUACCAAAUUUGUGAAUCAAUUAUUAGUCCGUGCAGUAUUAAGCACUAUAGUGAUCACAAGCAUCAAUUACUUUCAUAAAAGUAUUGUCAAAGUGUUUGGAAAAGGUGUUGGAAAUUGGUUUAUACUCAUUACAUCAUCGCAAUAUCAUUUAUUGUUUUAUUCAAGUCGUCCACUUCCCAAUAUUAUGGCUUUUCCUUUAGUUAUGGUUGCUUUAAGUUCAUGGAUAAGAGGAAAACAUGUUACAUUAAUAUGGUGUUCAGCAGCUGCAAUUUUAAUUUUCCGUUCAGAAUUGGUUAUUUAUCUUGGUAUUAUUAUACUAAUAGAAUUAUUUUACAAGCGAUUAAAAUUUUUCAGAGGAUUGAAACAUGGUUGUUUAGCUGCAUUAGUUGUUUUAACAUUAAGUAUCAUUGUGGAUUCAAUAUUUUGGGGUCGUCUUGUAUGGCCAGAAGGAGAAGUUUUAUGGUUCAAUACAAUUCUCAAUAAAAGUAAUCAAUGGGGCACUUCACCAUUUUUAUGGUACUUUUAUUCAGCAAUACCACGUGGAGUUGCAUUUUCUAUAUUCUUAAUACCUUUUGGUAUGAUAUAUGACAUUCGAGUAACAAGGCUUCUAAUUCCAGCGUUUAUGUUUGUAGUUAUAUAUUCUAUAUUGCCACAUAAGGAAUUGCGUUUUAUUAUUUACAUAUUUCCAGUGUUGAAUGUAUCUGCUGCUGCAUAUUGUAAUAGAGUAUGGCAAACUAGAUUUAAUCCAAAAGGAUUGCAGAAUUUAAUUGCUCUGGCAUUCUGUGCUGGUCAUAUUUUUGGAAACAUAAUUUUUACAAUAUUUCUAACAAGUGCAGCUGUUAAAAAUUACCCUGGAGGCCAUGCAAUGACAUUAUUACAUACAUUUGAAAGCAAUAAUAUGAAUGCUAACUACUCAAUUCACAUUGGCAAUCUUCCAGCACAAACUGGAGUUACACGUUUUACACAACUGAGUGAUUCUUGGACAUACAGCAAAAAAGAAAAUUUGAAUCCAGGAUGUGAAGAACUUAUGUCUUAUACACAUUUAAUUGUUGGAUCGAGUAGUCGAGAUAAUGAAGAAAUGUUACCUUAUCGACAUACUCAUAGUGUAAUAUCUACAGUACCUGGAUUUUCUCAUGUUUGGUUUAAUUAUAAUACAUUUCCUCCACUCAAAAUCAAAACUAAAACUCAGAUAUUUUUAUUAAAAAAACAUGUUAUUAAAUUAGGUAUUAAACAAAACAUAAAGAGAAUUGUAGAAGAAUACAAAAACGAAGUGAAAUCAGAUAAAAAAGUUGAUUUAAACUUAGAUUUAUUAGAUAAAAAUUUAAAAAAAAAAUAAUUAUAAA